AUGCGUGCAUUCGACAUCAUCGAACACCCAACUUUUGAGGUGGAAACCUCGCUCAAGGAACAGUUGAUCCUGGGUGCAGCGGGUAUCGCUGCCGCCAUCGCCUCUACUGCGGUCGCAAUGCAAUUGAGGGGAGCGGGAUCCCUUUUCGAUGUCAUCGAUUCAUUUGCGUUGAACCGAUGA